AUGGAAAACAGCUUUGACCAAUGGAAAGCUGAGGGAUCUACCGAAGGUAAUGAAAAUGCAAGUCUUGAUGAGUUAAAGGAUUUGCCAAUUUCUUCUUUAGAUAUUUCUAUUCCUAAUGCCUCUAUUUUGCCAGAGAACUUGUUCUUAGAUAUGAAUUUAAAGAGAUAUAGAAUAUUUAUUGGAGAAGAUUGGCAAUGGUAUGGCAAUUAUGGAACUUCAAAGACAUUGAAACUUGAGCUAAAGGGCAAUAUCCAUCUGAAGCCUGGGAUUCGAAAGUUAUUGGAAGGAGUAGAAGAUUUGCAUUUGCAUGGAUCUAAUGGGCUUGAAAGUGUUCUUUACAAUAGAUUUCCACAUUUAAGGCAUCUUCAGAUUGAAAGUAAUGAUGAUAUCGAGUGUAUUAUUUUGAGCUCAAUACAUCAUGAAGUUACCCUACCAAUCCUUGAAACUUUGAAGCUCGAAAAGAUGAAUGGGCUGAAGAAAUUAUGUGAAGGACCAAUUGCAACCACUUUCCGAAACCUAAAAGUAAUCAAAGUGAGCUAUUGUCACCAUUUGAAGUGGAUUUUCUCAGCUUCUAUGGUUGGAUUAUUUUCGCAGCUUGUUGAGAUUGAAAUUGAAGAAUGCAACUCCGUCAUAGAGAUUGUGACGUCUGCUAUUGAAAAUUCACUUGAUCAGCAAAGGUUAGCAGCUAAUGAUGUCAUUGUUUUUGACAAGUUACACAUUUUGAAGAUGAAAUCAUUGCCAGCUCUUGCAAAUUUUUUCAUCAAGGAGAGAACAACAAAUAAUGAUUGCAAUAAAACAUUGAAAUUACUUUUCAACAAUAAGGUGUUAUUUCCAAUGUUGAAGCUAUUGAAAUUAUCAAAUUUAAACAAUUUGAUUUCAUCUAUAUGGGAUGAUCGACUUCCAAACAACUCUUUUAGCAACUUGAGAAAACUUCUUGUGUGGGAUUGUGGCUUUGUGAAACUAAUUCCCUUCCAAGUGCUAAAAUCCUUGAGCAACCUUGAAGAACUGGAAGUGAAGCUCUGUAAGGAGUUGGAAAUGGUGUUUGAUUUAGAAGAUUUGAAUAGUUAUGAAGAGACACCUCAGUCAUCAUCAGUGGAUGUGCCAUUGAAAAGGUUAGAGCUAUGGAGUUUGCCAAAAUUGAAGAAUGUGUGGAGCAAUAACCACAACAAAGGAAAUGCCUCCUUCCAAAGUCUAAGGCAGGUUGAAGUUUCUAAUUGUGGAAGCCUCACGAGUGUGUUUCCUGCAUCUAUAGCCAAAGGCAUGCUUCAACAUCUUGAACAGCUUGAAAUACGGGAAUGCAAUAUAGAAGUAAUUGUUGCAAAGGAUCAAGUUUCAGAGUCUGCUACUCCUGCAUUUGUAUUUUCUAGGCUGACUUCUCUUUACCUUCGUUCCCUUACAAGUUUGAGGAAUUUCUAUCCACAAAGGCACAAAUUAGAAUGGCCCCACUUUCAAAAAUUAUAUAUUAUAAAAUGUGAUGCAUUAGAAAUAUUUGAAAAAACAGUCUCAAGUUCAUCAGAAAUACUUGAGGAAGGGAGCACACUAGGCUUGCAAUAUCCUCUAUUCUCUCAUGACAAGGUUUUUCCCAAUCUGGAGGACUUGCGAUUGGAUAUAAAAGUAGUAGACAUAAUGGAGAGUGGGCAGUUUGCAAUGCACCACUUUCCCAAAGUAAAAAUCCUUCCUCUAUUUGCUGAAAAUGUAACAACUUUGCCGGGCGAAUCAUUAUUGAGCAGCUUCCCAAGUUUAGAGUGUCUCAUACUAGGGGAUGAGUUUGGCGUCACUAUUUGGGGUAGUGAUCUUUUUCGAGGGGAUGGUGUUGCUACGCUUUUGCUGCUCCCUUUCUAAAAGUGGCUCUUCUCGGUAUUUCCAAUAAGAAAGGCAUGGGACCAUCCAUCUUUUCUCAAACAAUUGUCACACAUCUCGACGUGAAAUUGUGUUAUCAAUUGACCGCUUUGCUAACGUCAUCAGCAGCUCGAAGCUUGGUCCAUCUCACAUGCCUCACAAUUGAUUGGUGCUAUCAAAUAGAGGAAAUAAUAACAAAGGAAGAGGGAGAGGAUGACCAGGAUCAUGAGAUCAUUUUUAGCAAAUUACAGCAUUUGGAACUUAUUAACUGUCCAAGAUUGAAGAGCUUUUGUGGCCAUAAUUAUACCUUCAAGUUUCCAUUGUUGGAAAAUGUCACCAUAAGAGAUUGUCCUCACCUCACAAUGGUUCUGUGGAGGUGCCAUACAUGCUCUGUGCCUUAAAAGCAUUAAAGUGACAGACAAUCCAGGUGAAAAUAUUUGGAUGAGCGAUCUUAACAACACCAUCCAACAUCUCUUUACUUCUCAACAGGUAAUUGCCACAAUUGAAAGCAUGGCGUUAAAUUCAACAAAUAUCUCAACAAUAACAGAUGUCUUUCCUAAAGUGAGCAGUCUUUACGUAGAAAACUUUGUCAAUGAGGGGGCAGCCUUUCCUUAUAACUCCCUUGAAAGACUUCCAAAGCUAUCUUUUCUUUAUGUGGAGCAUAGUUCCUUUGAGGAGAUAUUCCCAUCACAAGACCAGAUUACUGAUCAGAUGAGAAAAGUUCCGCCAUUCAAGGGAUUAAAAUUGGCCUAUUUGGAUCAGCUCAAGAGCAUAUGGAAGGAUGAUUCUCAACUUCCACUAAUUCAUCAAGAUCUAGAAAGCCUCACAGUCAAAAGUUGUUGUAGCUUGAUUGAGUUGGCACCAUCCUCUGUUUCAUUUCAAAAUUUGAGCUGGCUGAAUGUUUUUACAUGUCAUCAACUUAGCUAUUUAGUAACAAGUUCAUCUGCCAAAAGCCUGGUAAAUCUUCAAUGGUUGGAGAUAAAUGACUGCAAAAAAAUGGAGGAAAUAAUAAAGAAUGAGACAAAUGAUGAUGUGGAAGGUGGAAUCUCAUUCAAUCGUUUAUCUGGAAUCAUGCUUAUUGAUAUGCCAAGCUUGAAAAUGUUUUCUCCACAAAGUAUCCCGAUUGAAUUCCCAAAACUAAAUAGUAUAGAAAUAACUGGAUCGUUCAAAUGAAGAAGUUUUGUGGAGGAGUGGAAGCACCAGAGUUCUUUAAAUUGAAAGUAGAAGAGCAUGAUAUGGAAUGGAAGGAUAAAGCUAGAGACCUUAACAAGACAAUAGAAAUGCUAUUGUCAGCAAAGGAUGGCGUUAAUAUAUAGAAAUGGUGCAGGUCUAUUGUUGGUGAUGUUGAUACUAGCUUGAUUGAGAAUGUGGACAGAUGUUUGUGCGUUGAUGCUUUUGUUGAAUUAUCAGAUUAUACAUUUCAGUUGCGUUGUGUUAAACUUUGAUAUAUUGAGCUCUGUUUUUAUCAUAAACAAUAGUCCUACCAAUAAAUUAAGGGAUGAAAGACUCUGCCUUGGUCAAAAUGUUGCCCUUAAUACGUGGUUUGUUCGUGCUUUAUCAAGACUCAAAUGUGUGCAAGACUCUCUUGUGGUUGUGAAGUUUUUAUUCAACAAUUGUCUGGUUUGCUUAA